AUGAAAGAAUACCCCGAAUACUUUGUCGAGGUGCCCGAGGCCUUCGCAAUCGUCGAGGACAGCGUGUACCGCUGCAGCGGGGUGCUGACGCAGAACCAGAUAAAGUACCUGGACACGCUGAAUCUGAAGACAGUCGUUAUUCUGUCGGUCGAGGGCCCAUCGCGGCUGUUUGCGCAGUACGUCCGGCGGCGCGGUAUCCAAAAGCUGCAUCUGGGAAUGACCAGGUGGCAAUCGAACCUGGGAUGGAAACCCGUCAGCGAGGAGCUGAUCAAGGAGGCCCUGCAGAGCGUGCUGGACAAAAAAACCCACCCGCUGCUUAUCGUGUGCUCCUCGGGGGUCAGGGAAACCGGGACGCUGGUCGGCUGCCUGCGCAAGCUGCAGCACUGGAACUUCAACUCGAUUGUCUACGAGUACCGAAGCUUUGCUGGCGGGAAAGGCAAGUAUGCGCAGGAGCUGUUCAUUGAGCUGUUCGACACCGACCUGGUGACGCUGCCCAGCGACUUGCCCGACUGGUUCGUGCACGGCCAGCAGAUGUGGGAGGAUGAGCAGCGCCAGCGCUUUGAGCUCAUGCAGGCAGAGGCCCAGGAAUGCACUGAGCCAAGCAACUUAUUGGCCGGAUAA